AACGCGAACCUGACGGCUCUCGGCUCGGGUUACGAAAUAGAUAUCGAUCAAAGGAAGCUGUCGUCGUCCACCGUGCAAGAAAAUGGGAAGAACGGAAGUAGCUUGACACUCGGGGUCAGAAGUGGAAUGGACGAAUUACAUAGUACAGUAGCUCAUUAAGUAACGGUGAACGAUAUUAAAACGUGCAAUCGAAAUCGAAUGAGUAACAUAACGAUGCCACUAUGAGGGGAAACAAUAAUUAGAGUCGCCGUCAUAAUCGAAGAGUUAACGAGUUCGCGUUUCCGUUUAAGUGCCGGCUUUCUAAGCGUAGCCAUGAAUGGAGUUGGAACAAUAUUUCGGUGCCUGUGCUUCGCGACUGUUCUCGUAAAUAUCGUCCACGCCGGAGAUUCGAACGAUACUUUACGAAUAGACGUUUCUAAAAGUGUCGCGUUGUACAUCGGAAACGACGAGGCGAGCGUCAAAUUGAAGCUGUCCUCUCUUGUGACCGGACACGAAUCAGAGGAACGAGGCAUGGGUCGUUUGAGGUUCCAAAAUAUGAGCGAUCUCAUGAAAAGAUUUGGAAUGGCGAUGAUGAUGGCUCCUAUGUUUAUGCAGUUGAUGCUCUUGCCGAGCGCUCUCGCCUCGAUAAAAUUGAGCCUACUCCGAAGCAUUUUCGUAGGGAAACUUGCUAUAGCUGUGCUGUUGUUCAACUUACUGAAGAAUUCUCAGAAGUCGGAAGUGGUGCUGGUCCAUAAACCCGAAUAUCACUACAAUCACUACUACGAUACUUAUCACGAGCCCGAAGAUGACGACGAAGGCUGGGUGGGAAGAUGAAUGAAACAGCGUUCUUCUACGUCCUCACCAUACCGAACCAUAAUCGAUUACCUUAACGAAUUUCGACUACCUGUGAUACACGCGGCGAUUGCAAUUGUAACGUUUGGGCAAAACUACACGGGAACGAAUAGUAUUACGAGUAUUCCACGUAAUCGAACGUAAUAAAACGUUAAAGUCGACCAAAGAGAAACGAGUGACCAAUAACGAGAUAUUCAGCAGUGACCUACUUCGGACCUCGCGUAACGGCAUUUCGGUCCAGAUUCUGAAGCGAUCAAACUCGGACUUCCAUGUACCGGUUUUCCCUUUUUUCUGACGCUCAAAUUCAACGUCGAAAUCGAAAUUAAUACGAUGCCCAUCGGCUUCAUCCGAGAUCACUUUCAAGUCUCUAAUUCCCAAUUUAGACAUCACGAAACUAGUAAUCUAUAAAACGUUCCAUUGUAAUUACAAUUAAAGAUUCUUAACAAGAAUAUCAAAGUGCGAAAUUUACACUUCCAUGAUUUAAUCGACGAACGAACCGAAAUUGCAUUCCUCUAACGGAAGAGUCCUAAUUGAACAAUUGGCGAAGUGGCAUACGUAACGAAAGUCCUGUCAAUGUCGAAUUACUUUGUUUCAAGGCCUCGAUAUUCGCGGUGCGUAUACGUGCCAGAAACCCACCUUCCACGAUAGUUAAUAGUUAGUAUGCUGCCGUCAUCGAUCCUGUAUCGACACCUCCAAUCGAAUAGGACGGUCUAUACCGUUUUCUAAACUACAAAAUGCACGAUGCACCUCGCGUAUGUACGUGGCAAAUCAACGAACCCGGACUAAUCCCUCCGUACGUACGUCGCCCUUUUACGUGAGAGCAUUCCGUUUUUAUUCAGAUCCGCGCCACCGGGUUACGAGUUUAAUUGCGUUGCGGAAGUCCGUUCAGUGUUCGGUCCCUCUAUACUUUUGUGUAUCUCAUCGAUACGCGUUAAUCGACGUUCGAAAGCAUUCAUGAUUCUCCAAGAACUCGUUAAAAACAGUGUUUAUGACUUUGUAUCUGUACGGUAA